AUGUCAGGCAUGAUCCAACUGCUCACCUCACCUACGCCACAUCUAGUCGAAACCAGCGGAAUACCGUCGCCAGAGGAGGAAGAACGCAUUCGAGAAGCUAUCCGUGUAGCAGAAGAUGAGCUGGAGAAAGUCAGGCGGAAAGGUGUCUGGUAUGCCGUCGAGCUAAUGUCACAAUCAGGGUCUGCAGAUGCGGAACGCGCGCAAUAUUUGCUGGAUGACCGGACCCAAAUAUUCGACGAUGAAAACGAAAACGCAGAAUCUGACAUUUCCUUCCUGUACAUGUUGGGCGAGACUGUGCCCGGGAUGUUUAUCGCGUUUAUAGACCAACACAAAGGUCUCGUGUCUCCCAUCCGCCGCUUCCCACCCGAGCUCCUCGUCGAGAUAUUCUCCUGGGUCGUGCAGGAGUCUCCUUUCCCUACCAGGCAUUCAGCUGCCUACCCGUACGAGCUGGCGUUCUGCAACAGUUUCCGAGCUCUUGCUUUCACCCACGUUUGCUCAUACUGGAGACAGGUCGCGCUCUCCAUACCCCAGCUCUGGACAUCCAUUCCAUUCCUUAACAAGAUCUACCUAAAUGAAUCGGUGUGGCUACCCCACACCAGCCUUGUCGAAGGGGACCCCGCGGAUGCGGCUUCCCUCGAGCCAUUAUGUUCCGUCCUCGCACACGCCAACCGAUGGAGCACCGCCAUGAUCCACGUCUGCCCCACGAUCUACGAGUCGCUACCCACCCUCGACUUUUCGCUCCUGCACGCCCUCAACCUACGCGUCGUCCUGCCCACCGGCCCCGACCGCAUACGUGAAGGCGACUACCGAGGCACGAACACCGUCUUCCAAACGACACCCAUGUUGAAGACACUCAUCUUAGACAGCAAGCCGAUGCUGCCCGAGCUGGACACUCUCUUGUACCCACUGACGACCUUCGUUGGCCUGCCUGUCACCGUCGCGUACCUCAUCGGAUGCCCCGAGCUCGUGAAAUGCGAGUUCCGGGGCCCAGCGGGGAUGCUGUCGACGGCUGACCCGCCCCACCCGUUUAUGCAUGCGGGGAUCAGGAGUUUCAGGCUGGUGAAUACGAACUGCAAGUUGCCGCUCGGCGAGGAGUAUACAACGACGUUCUUUCGCUGGAUCAAGAUGCCCAAACUUGAAGUGUUGGAGAUCGAGGGACCAGGGACGAUCGAGGCAACGACGGUGGUCAGGGAGCUCUGGGGCAUGACGCUUGCGAAGCCAUCCCUACUUCGCUCGUUCACAUUCCACGUGCGCGACGUGAAGAGGAUAGAGCUGCUUCGACUGCUCGAGGCGAUGCCGUUGCUGGAGGUUUUGGAUAUCUGGGAUAUGCCGUCGGCUUCCCUGAAACGACUUGUUCUGAGAGCCAGCCACGCGUCAGGUGGUGCUGAGCCGCCUCCGCCUCUCGUACCUUGCCUCCAUUCCCUGAUCAUCCGCGAUCCCUCUGGGGAGCAAUCAACUCCUGUCGACCGCGAUAUAACAAUAUUCCUCACCUACCGCCGCGCUCGUGGUUUGGCCAGAUACCAAAACAUCAUCGAAGGCUGGCAAGAGGUGGAACCAGGGAACCACACAAAGGGAUCGGAAUGUACAAGGCUGCUCGGGUGGGCGAACUACCUCGUCAAGAAUUUCCUAGGCUUCGAGUAUCAAUUCUGGAAUCCUAAUUGCUCGAUGAAGAAAUUCGAGUACACCGGCAAGGGACGCCGCUUUCCCGAAGACUCGUGGGAUGUCGAGAAGAUCGACAAAUUCCUCAGUGUCGUGGAAGGGCACGAAAUGAAAGAUGGACGGCUGCUCGAGAUGACCAGGUUGAACAGAAUCAUGGCCGCUAUCCGAGACCAGCGGAAAGGGUUCCCGCUGGGUGAUGAGAUAUUCUCCUUCCGCGCUCGUGCAGGAGAGCUGGUGAAGAAGUGGGCUCCGCUUGUCGAGGAAAGUGCGAAGGGGAGACGAUGGCAGAUAUCGGAGGACGGGAGGACGUUGAGGUUGGGAGAGGACUUGAAACCGAGGAAGAUUGAGGUCGAAGUUAGUGGAGAUGGCAGAUUGUAA